UUCCAAACAGAAUUAUUAGAAUCUUUACAUUUCUAUACCCAACCAAAUUAGAAUAUUUAAAUAUUUGUUACCUAAAAUGGAUCAUUCUUUGGCCUCUAUCCAUGAUUUAGUGACAAAGUUGAAAGAAGCCAUGUUUUCAAAAACAAAAGGUGACAAUGUUUACUCAUUUGUAUCACCAUCUACUUAUGACACUGCAUGGUUAGCCAUGAUUCCACACCCAUUGAAACCCAAUACUCCAUUCUUUAAGGGUUGCCUUGAAUGGAUACUUAAUAACCAAAAUGAAGAUGGGUAUUGGGGAAAGUCGGUUAAAGGUGACCGUCCGAACAUUGAUGCUCUUCCUGCUACUCUUGUGUGUAUGGUUGUGCUCCGGAAAUGGGGUCUCGGUGUUGAUAAUAUAGAAAAAGGUUUGAAGUUCUUAAAUGCAAACAUGGAGGAGAUGCUUCACAUCAACCGUCGUUGUCUUCCUCGAUGGUUCUCCCUUGUUUUCCCAUCAACUAUUGAACUUGCAGAAUCAUCAGGUUUACAGCUUAUGAUUUCUGGUCACAUGAAGUCGCUCGUUAAUGAAAUAUGUGAAUGUAGGCAACAAGUUCUUAGAAAGGAAAAAGAAACUACUGUUGAAAAAUGGCACCAGCCUUCCUUGCUGGCUUACUUGGAGGUUUUUCAAUCAACAAACUAUAAGGUUGAUCGAGAAACCAUCAUCGAGCAUUUGAGCGAAGAUGGGUCACUCUUUCAGUCUCCCUCUGCUACCGCACAAGCCUAUAUUUUUACCGGAAACCAAAAGUGCCUUGAAUACCUGAUUUCACUUGUUCAAACUUGUCCUAAUGGAGUUCCAGCAAAGUACCCAAUCGAUGUAGAACUGGUUGAACUCAGCAUCGUUGAUCAAGUACAUAAGCUAGGAGUAUCGGAGUACUUCGAAGAUGAGAUUGAGAAUACACUGACCAAAGUUUACAGAAGCUACAAGGACCAAGAACCAUCACUGCAAGAUAGCAUGAAAAUUGUAGCAGAAAAACUAUACAAGGACUCUUUAGCUUUUCGACUCUUUCGGCUGUAUGGGUUUAAUAUUUCUCCAAGGACCUUUUGUUGGUUCUUAGAUGAUGAUGAACUCUUGGAUCAUUUAGAGAUCAAUUGUGGAAAGUGCACAAGUGUAUUGUAUAGUGUUUAUAAAGCCACAGAUCUUAUGUGCUUUGGAGAAAAUGAAAUGGAGGAGGCCAGAUCAUUUUCGAGAAAACUGCUUCAUAAAACGUCAACGAUGAAUAACAUAGUGGACGAUGAUGUUGUCAAACUACCAAAUUUAUCUAGAGUGAUUGAUGAAGAACUACGUACGCCUUGGAUUGCAAGACUUGAUCAUCUUGAUCAUAGGAUGUGGAUUGAGAAAAACAAAGAAGGGCCUCAGUUUUCUGGAAAGACAUCCUCCUAUAGAAUAUCAUGUGUUCAUAGUACGGAACUAAUGCAACUUGCUGUUGAAAACUAUGCAUUUCGGCAAGUCAUCUACCAAAAUGAACUGCAGGAACUCAAAAGGUGGUCCAAGAAGUGGGGGCUUAGUGAAAUGGGAUUUGGUCGAGAGAAAACUAUGUAUUGUUACUUUGCUGUUGCAGCCAGUACUUCAUUGCCUCAUGAUACAAUAAUACGGAUGCUCGUUGCAAAGAGUGCUAUUUUGAUUACAGUUGCAGAUGAUUUUUUUGAUAUGGAAGGAACUAUACAAGAGUUACACUUACUGAUUGAAGCAAUUCAUAGAUGGGAUGGUGAAGGAUUAACUGGACCAAGCAAGGUAAUAUUCGAAGUCUUGGAUGAUCUUGUAAGAGAUACUACUAAGACACUGGUCCUUGAUGGAAAGAUUGAUAUGACAGAAGAGUUUAGAGACUUGUGGAGAGAGACAUUCGACUCAUGGUUAACGGAAACUAGAUGGGGAAGGAGUGGUUACAUACCUUCAAUGGAUGAAUAUCUGCAAACCGGCAUGAUCUCCAUUGCGACACAUAUCUUAGUCCUAAAAUCUUCAUGUUUUAUGAAUCCAAGCAUACCAAAAAACAAAGUCAAGCCCCAAAAAUACGAGAGCAUAACGCAAGCACUAAUGGCUACUACUCGAUUGCUCAAUGACAUCCAAAGCUACGAGAAAGAACAAGAUGAAGGGAAAAUGAACCUUGUGUUGCUUCACUUCAAAGAAAAUCCAGAUGCAACCAUGGAUGAUUCAAUUGCCGAGGUCCAAAAGAUACUAGAGGGGAAAAGAAAUGAGUUGAUGAAACAUAUUUUUACAGAUGAUGAGAAUUGCGAUUUUCCUCAUCAGUGGAAGAAGCUUCAUCUAUCUUGUUUCAAAGUGUUUCAAAUGCUAUUUAACUCUGCCAACCUUUAUGAUACAGAAACUGAACUACGAUCCGACAUAGAGAAAGCCAUUUACAUUCCACCACAAUAUGAAGCUUUGAUACGGGUGAAGCGUCAAACAACAUUGAAUCCAUUGCCAGAUAAACGAAACCUUGUGAUUAGCGCCAAACAUACUCAAACCCCUUUACGGCAUCAUGGUUUUGGUUAUAUGAAAAUUAAGGCCUGCAAGUUUAACAUGAGAAAUGUUAGCUUGUUUAAUAAACCAAAGUUGAGCUUGAGCUUAGUUUGAUAAUUAAAUAAGAAACAUAUCUAAAACGUUACUAAUAUUUGUGGGAAUGAUCUAGCAGCUCAUCGACCCGUGAGUGAAGAUUUGAAGAAAAAAUGAGUUGAAGUGCAUUUCUUUGUAAUAUAAAUAUUGCUGUAAAUCAUUGCGAUGUUGAAAGAUCUACGUAUCUAUCAUACAUAUGUGUAGUCAUAAGUUAGUUGUGUUAGGAUUAAAAUCCAUGUUUUGUAACUUGCAACACUA